CCCCAAACCUCACAUUCCACUACGUGUUUCUGUCUGUAUAUAUUCUCUUGAGAGAAUAUGGAUGCAAAUGAAAGCUGCAUUGACAUGGAAGUAGGUUCAUUAACCACCAUUUUUUCACCUUCACACCAUAAAGAAUUUGAGUUUCAAAGUUUUUCGUGCUCCUCCGGCCGAGACACCACCACUUCUCCGGCGGAUGAGCUCUUUUACAGAGGAAAACUCCUCCCCCUCAACCUCCCACCCUGCCUCCAAAAGGUGGAGAAAAUCCUACAUAAUAGUUAUUCCUCCACCACUUUUGAACCAUUACAAGAAUCCUUAUUCAGCACUCCAAUAUUCACUCCUGCAUCCAAUACUCCGUUUGAGUCGUGCCAUAUUUCUCCCGCUGAUUCUUGCCAAGUUAGCAGAGAACUGAAUCCCGACGAAUAUUUUCUUGAAUACUCGACUGAUCAAUCGAGUACUUAUGUUUUCGAGGAAAAACUGGCCAAUUCAAACACGAACAAAUCUUGGACAAAACCUCUAAAACUUUUUAAGCAAUCCACACUUGGAUCCAAACUCAAAGCUUCCCGGGCUUAUCUCAAAUCUUUGUUCAAUAAAUCUAGUUGCUCAGUUGAGUCCUCAAGAAAUAUAGUUUAUGAAGGAUCAAUUUCAAAGGCCAAAAAAUGUGCAUUGCAAGAUUCCAAGACCUCUAAAAAUAUCCCAUCUGGGCAAAUUCACACAAAAUGUCACAGAAAAUCAUUUUCAGGAGCCAUUAAGAGAACAUCUAAGGUUAAAUCUUCAGCUUUCUCUUCAUCAUCUAAUUCUUCGAAUUCAGGUUUGAGUUCGAGUUCAACGGAUUCUAAUGGAUUUCAGGAGAUGAAGUUUUUGAAGAGAAGUAUAAGUGGAAAAUCAGAGUUUGAGAACUCAAUUCAGGCUGCCAUUGCACAUUGUAAAAGGUCUCACCAGCAAGAAAUUUGUUCAAGAAAGACUGUUAGUGAUCAUGGGUUUCUUUCAAUGUCCGCUUCAAGAGUGAUUUUUGAUGAUCAAGAAAGACCAGAGCUUUGCAAGGGUUGCCGAAGACGGUGAUAGUAUGUUUGGAUUGAAUGCUACAAGAUAGUAUUAAAGAAGAAAUGAUCGAGUCAUGUUGAAUAUUGUGUUCUAAAUAUGCACCGAGUUUACUUUGCGCCCAUUCAGCCAAAUGUGUAGAAAUAUUAGAAGUACCAUGUUUGUGUAGUAAAUUUCAAUUUUAACUUAAAGUUUGUAGAUAUAAAAUAUGUCUCGUUUUUGUAAUAACUCUAAUGUUAAA